AUGGCAUGCCGAACCAGCUUGCAGGGGCCCCACCCCACCUCGUUGACGACACGUAGCAUCAACCAAGGGGUAUCGCUGCUCAACAACCUCGAAAUGCAGCGUCAAGCCAAGCGCACUCGCUACUCCACGCAUCUUGCUGACGAACCUGACACCGACACCGACUCCAUUGUUCCCAUAUACGACGCGUUCUUGGAGACCCAAGAAGUGACAGCAAGAGAUCUCCUUCUCAUGCUUCUUACCUCGCACAAGCAUUGUGGGGCGUGGGACGUUGUUGCAGCCAUGUUCAAACAGAAAGUGGCUACCUUCGAAAAGCGCGUCAUGAAGUUUUUGAUGGUUCUGUAUCCAUUUGUCAUGCGAAAGUACGUGACAGCUCAGACCAAUGUGCCCUCCGGCUCGUAUGCCGAGAAGAAACUGUUCUACAGUGGCAGGCACCACCUGUACGGUCACAAGGUCGAAGCCUCGGUCUUCCCGAAUGGUUUCGCUAUUAAUUGCACAAGUUACUACAAAGGUAGCGUUUCCGACAAGACCAUCUUUGACGAGAACCUCGACUUCCACGCCGCCAACCUCUGCAAGGAAGCCACUGACAUGGACCUGGCUGACGCCGACGGCCUGGGACCCGAUCGAGAACUACGUUGGGCAGUACUCGUUGACAAGGGUUAUCAAGGGGCCCAGCGGAACGUCCGAGCCGUGCUGCAACUCAAGAAGCCUAUGGGUGGAAUUCUUACCUUUGAGGAACUGCGCCGGAACGACCGCAUCGCCAGCGACCGUGUCAUUGUCGAAAACUUCUUCGGGCGUCUGAAGACGCUUUGGGGUGUGUGUAGCGAUACCUACCGCUGGAAUCGUAAGACUUACGAUGUUGUGUUUCAGACCUGUAUGGCGUUUACGAAUGCACACGUUCGGUUCCACCCCCUUCGCGCUGAAGACGACGACGCAAACUCGCAGUACAUCAACCGCUUGAACGCUAUCGGCACCAAGAUGGUCAAGAACAAGAAUACAGCGACACGUACCUAUCGUUCGAAGCGCAAGGCGAGGCUGUCGAUGUUCAUGACUGCCGAGAGCUCUCUUGCUGCUGCGGAUGCAGGUGGAAGCGACACUGACAUGGGCUCCAACAGUGAAAUCGAAAAUCCCCGUGGUUCGUUCUUUUAG